AGCCCUUUCAAAACCUACUAGACUGCUCUCCCCUAGUUCUAACCACUCACACCUGACCCCCCGCCUGCUCUCCCCGCCUGUCUCGCAGAAGCCCAAGAACUACGGGAUUCAGGGUUUUGAGGAGACCUCGUUUGGAGGCUGGCUGGGUCUGCUGCUGGCAGUGCAGCGGCAGCCAGUGGUUGUGCGAAUAGAGGCGUCUGCUCCAUCGUUCAUCGAUUACGACGGGCUACGUAGCUUCCAUCAUCUGUCUGCGGUGCGUGGUGCAUGCAUGGCAGCUACUGCUGACCCGUGUGGGAGCAAGUCAGUGAUGCUGGCGGGCUCACCAGGAGUGGCAGGGAGCAACGCGUUCAACCCGUGUGGGCAGUUCAAGUGCUCCAAGGCCGGAGCAUCCAACCGCUGUGCCUGUGCUGCUCCCCACUUCGUCCAAACCGCCCACUCCGACGGUUCCAACACCUGCGCCUAUGGUGAGAUUGCUUUUGAGUCGACUCCACGCACCUGCGCCUAUGUGGACGCCUGUGGGCUGGCUGGCAGCAACCCGUGUGUGGUGGGCUCAUGCGUGAAUGAUGGCAAGGGCAGCUACUCCUGUGUGUGUCCCCCGGGGUUCGUUCAAGGCACCACCGCCAAGGGAACCCUCUCUUGUGCUCCAGGUGACAGCAAGGGCAGCUACACGGUGCGUGGCAGCAACGUGUGGUGCUCUCAUUUAGUGCCCGUGCUUGACCUCACCCUGGACGAAAUUAAGCUGCAGAACAAGAAGCUCUCCUGCUCCAAGCCCAUCCCAGUGGGUUUCAAGCUGACCGUCAUGCCGAAUCAACCUCUUCCCAGCUGCUCGCUCAUCUACACCACCCACCUUGUGAGUGCACCAAGCCAGCAGUGCAUUGAGGAUUUCAUUCUGUCCCUACGUCAUUGCAUUGGAGGCGACAGCUGUGGAUCGAUUGCUGCGCUGUUCGGUUUGAGCGAGGGAUGCCCCGUGGAGGGCGAGGCAUGUGAGGAGGCGUUGGUGGGGCUCAACCCCGGGCUGGACUGUGCAGCACUCACGGGCAGGCAGGCUGUGUGUGUGGAGCGGGAGGAGAGCAAGGCGGGGAUGGUGGCGGUGUGUGAUCAGCAGUAUGAAAUGGGGAGAGGUGAUGAUGGCUGCGAUGCUGCAAGAAUGGUCGUGAAUCCGCCUUUGAGCCCUCUAGAGUUCUAUCGCCUCAACCCAGGCAUCAACUGCAACAACCACCUGCCGACUGCUACGUUCGAGGGCUUCUCACAGCGCAAGGUGUGCAUUCACAGCAGUGUCAAGUUCAGAAUUGGCACAUGCCCAGGGGGCACCUACAACAUUUUAGCCGGAGACACCUGUGACAAGAUUGAUGUGCUGGGCUUUUCUAGCAUCAAGGGGUGCUACAGGAAGAUGAAUGGGUUUGAGUGUUUGGAGAAGAUGCCUGUUGGGACAACUAUCUGUACUCCGGAUGUUUCGAGUGCUCGUGUGGGCAUAUGCGGCUCAGCUGGGUAUUAA